CCGGGUAAGCAGGUAAAAGAUGGCAGCCCACAGUGAGAAAUCAGCCGGCAUGAGUAGUAUGCUGCAAUUUAUGAAACUUAUCGGACAGCUAAAAAGGGUCCCACGGACCGGCUGGGUGUACAAUAAUGUGAAGAAUCCUGAGAGCGUGUCAGACCACAUGUACAGGAUGGCGAUGAUGUCUCUGACCAUCACUGACCCCACAGUAGAUAGAGACAGGUGCAUAAAACUUGCACUUGUCCAUGAUAUGGCAGAGUGCAUUGUGGGAGAUAUUGCACCGUCAGACAACAUCAGUAAAGCAGAGAAACACAGGAGAGAGGAGGAAGCAAUGAGGCAUCUGUCAAGUCUGCUGCCGGACGGUCUCAAACAGGAGAUUUAUGCUCUGUGGGAGGAAUAUGAAUCCCAGAGCAGUCCAGAGGCCAGGCUGGUGAAACAGUUUGACCUCCUGGAAAUGAUCAUUCAGGCUCACGAGUACGAAGAGCUGGAGGGAACGCCAGGAAGGCUGCAGGAGUUCUUUGACUCCACCGCAGGUCGCUUCCACCACCCAGAUGUCCUCCAGCUGGUCAGCUCCCUAAACGAACAAAGAGGAAGGAGCGCCAAGGAGCUGAAGGAAUCACAGACCGACGGCCCAGAAUCUCAGUACUAACACGCAAUGUCACAAAUGUCCUGACUGCAAAUAAAGAGGGGAAAAAAAACCCCAAAACAUUUCUGUUGAUGGAUGGAGAAACCAGGAAGGAGAGAAGCCUGCAUGCACAAGAAGAGCCAAUCAGAGGAGGCAAAAAUCCUGCUUCAUCCUCUGUUCAGAUCAGCAUAUAAUGAAACUUUUGGGGGGGGGUUAGCAGAUUUGGAUUUACCACAAAUCAAAAUCAAGUUCAUGAUUUUUUUUUCUACAAAGGAGUCACCUGCAAAAUGGUGCCACCAUAGAGACUGCUGCUUUUAAUAUGGUCAAAUAUGUGCAGUAAUUUACUGGGCAGAAAGGAUUUUGUUCAGCUUAUUGUAGUAGCUGCUAAUAACAGUCGGCAAAAUGUGAAAGUGUAAGUUUUUCUGCAUUAUCUGUGAUCUUUUUUCAUAUAAAGAAAGGACUUUCCAACUGAAAGGUUUAUUGAUGAGCUUUAAAUACUUAAACAUGAUACAUAACAGGUAAAUCCAACGUCACAAAAGUUAUCUAUAAAAAAAUAAAUGUCAUAACACCAACGGUUUCUUCCAUAAUAUGGAGUUUUCAUGCAGAAUAUGCCUGGGAGGAACAGAACAGCAUACAAAAUGAAUUUGUGAAUUUUUUUUUUUUUUUUACAUGCUUCAGGAUACUUCGGUAAAUUUUGCAUUAAUUUCAUAUUUGCCGAGUUAAAUCAGGCUUGUACAUUCAGUGUCGCUCUUUUUACAUUUUCUUUGGGUUGACAACUGUUAACCGUUUAUGUAGACAUGUGAUUAUGGAGUCUUUUAUGGCUGUAUUUAUUACAUAAAUGCAAAUUGUACCCUUUGUAUUUUCCAUUAACACAAAACAUUACCUCAGACUCGACAAAUGACUCUUAGAACCUGAAUCCGGAUGAGAGUUCCAUAAAAAAAAAAAA